CAGUUAAAAUCGGCUCAAGCUAGAGCUUCCUGUUGGAACGUACUUUAGGCUAUCAUUGGUUACCUACCAGUAACCUAUGAAUCUGACCACUGAUUUUCAGGUGUAGGCUAACGCCCGAAGACUAAAACGUGUUUCAGAAAAUUCGACGUGAUAUUCGUCAUGCAGGCAGUCGAACGUUUUCUCGAAACCCUUCAAGGUUUGGACCAACAACAAAUACAGCUAUCUUUGUCAGCAGUAGGGGUUGGACUUGUAACAUGGCACCUGAUAUACAAGAAAAAGGUUUCAAAGACCAUCCCCUUGGGUCAGGGUUGGUGGGGGAGAGGUGAAAGAUCACUCAGUGAAGAUGAGACAAUACAUCCUUUCACAGUAGAGGCUUCUGAGGAAGAAAUCGAGGACCUUUAUAGACGUAUUGAUCAAACAAGGUAUACUGAGCCACUGGAAGAUGGGCGCUUCCAUUAUGGCUUCAAUUCUGUUUACCUCAGAAAGGUUGUGUCAUAUUGGAGAAAUCAAUUUGACUGGAAGAAACAGGUGAAGAUGCUGAACAAGUAUCCACAUUUCAAAACCAAAAUAGAAGGACUGGAUAUCCACUUCAUUCGUGUGCGUCCACAGUAUCGUGAAGGACAGAGGGUCUUGCCUCUCAUGCUAGUCCAUGGAUGGCCAGGUUCUUUCUUUGAGUUCUACAAGAUCCUUCCGCUGCUCACAGAGACACGGGAUGGCCUGGCAUUUGAAGUCAUCUGUCCCUCUAUCCCAGGAUACGGCUACUCAGAAGCCCCACAAAAACAGGGAUUUAACUCGAUGGACGCUGCUCGAGUCUUUCUGAAGCUGAUGGAGCGCCUGGGAUUCACAGAGUUCUACCUUCAGGGGGGUGACUGGGGCUCUCUCAUCACAACCAAUAUGGCCCAGAUGAAGCCUGAAUGCGUCAAAGGCCUCCACUUGAACAUGCUUGCUGUCACAAGGGGAGGUCUUGGUAUGCUGCUGUCUCUGAUCAUUGGACCAUACCUGCCUUUCCUGGUUGGCUUCACACGUGAAGAUGUCCGUCGGCUCUUCCCAUACUUUGAAAAGAAUGUGUAUGAGAUGUUGAAGGAGACGGGAUAUUUGCAUAUUCAGGCCACUAAGCCAGACACAGCAGGCUGUGGUGUGAACGACUCCCCAGUUGGGCUGGCUGCCUACAUUCUGGAGAAAUUCUCCACUUGGACUGACAAGCAGAACAGAGACCUAGAGGAUGGGGGCUUGGAGAGGAAAUAUUCCCUGGAUGACCUUCUCACCAAUAUUAUGAUCUACUGGACCACUGGAACUAUUGUCUCCUCAAUGCGCUUCUAUAAAGAGAACCUGAAAUCUAAUCCUGAGAAGAGAAUAGACAGCAGGACUGGCAUUUAUGUGCCGAUGGGAUUUGCUGCUUUCCCCCAAGAGCUGCUGCACUGCCCCCAGGCCUGGGCCUGCUGGAGGUACAAGGACAUCCGCUCCUACUCCUACAUGUCCAGUGGGGGGCACUUCGCUGCCUUUGAGGAGCCCAAGCUGUUGGCAGACGACUUUGUGCAGUUUGUGAAAAAGGUGGAAUGCAAAAAGUUAUGAAUUGUAUUAACUUUUAGUUAGUUUAGUUUGCGAUGAUAAAAUUAAUAAAAACCAAAACCAAGAUAACCAAAAUUCACAAUAAGAAAGAGUAAUGCACUUUUUUACUGCACUUUAAUAUAAAAAAAGAUGUUUGUUUAACCAUUUUAUUAGCGUGGACAAGGCAGUACCAUUCAGUCCUUCUUUGUGAUCAGUAGGGUAGAGCUCAGUAGUGCUUUAGGGCUGACAUGUGAAAGAUUAUGUAUUAAGUUUGUUUGUUAAAUUGUAAAAUAAAUACUACAGUUGUAGUAAA